AUGAAGAAACUCAUGAGGAGGAUAUCCAAGGUGGCUGACUCUUCCCAGUACUGCCUCCUCCGGUCGAACUCUGCGGCGGCGGCGACCCGGCCGGCCAGGGGAGAGUCAUUCCGGAAGCGGUCCGGCGGGGUCCCGGGCGGGCACCUGCCGGUCUACGUCGGCGAGGAGAUGGAGCGGUUCGUGGUGAGUGCGGAGCUUCUGAACCACCCGAUCUUCGUGAGGCUGCUGAACCGGUCGGCCCAGGAGUACGGGUACGAGCAAAAGGGCGUGCUCCGGAUCCCCUGCCACGUGUUCCUCUUCGAGCGCGUGCUGGAGACGCUCCGGAUCGGCGGAGAGGCGCGUGAGCUCCAGGAGCUCCUCAACUCCCUGUCCGACGAGUUUUGA